UUCCCUCCCACUUCACUGGGCCGCGAGGAAGUCGCAAGAUGGCUGAUGUCGCUUGGAAGUAAUGUUCCCCUCUGCAACAUGAAGCCGUGAGUGUGGAAGAAAGCGAGGGAGGCACCAUCGGGCUUUUAUUUUUAUUUUGUUUUAGUUACUUUUCUUUUGUCAAACAUCCAUCUCAUUCCGCGUCGUUUCCGCCCCGGACUUGUCUUCGGGAGUUGACGCGUCAAAUCACGCCGGGGACACUGCCAGCAGCUAACAGCUAGCCGCAGUUAGCAAACGUUAUUACAGCUAGCCAGUCAGACAGGGACAUAGCUUGUUAGUUUGUUUUGAUUGAUAGUCGGAAAACCCGCGAGCUAACGAGCUAAUGCGCGGAUUUCUGCCUGUAAAAUUGUUAAGCUGUCACACAAAUUAACGAUUUUGCAAGCUGCUCGCUUAAACAUGUCCGCAAACUGGCCAUCCAGCCUGGGGUUUGCUAACGUUAACUAAUGCGCAGUAUUGCAUCCGUUUCAUGUGCACAAGUCGACAGGAAAAUUAUUUUAUUGGCAUUUUUUAUCUAAAUCCACCUCCUUGCUGCAUAUCCGUUAUUUGCUGCCAACGACUUGUUUGGAGCCGGUUAUGCUAAUAGCCAAAUUAUGGGAGCAGGAAAUGUGUUGAACUUUUUCUGGUUGUAGGUAGCUACACUGGCCUUGCUGGCAUCUCACCAAAAAUCCACAGGGAUGGACACUAAACCGAGCACCCACGCACAAAACUGAGAAAUAGUAAUUUAUAUAGUACAAUAACGAUUGCUGACAUACGUGUACACGAGUGCACGGUGGAUCAUUUCCCGUGUCUGGGUGACAGAUUGUUCGGCAGGGUUAACUAAAGUACAGUUAGUCACCUCAUCGGAGACCAGUUAGCUUGCCUAAAGUGCACAGCUAGCUACGGUCUCGCCCCACAUCACGUUACAAACACGGCGUACAGAACGUAUUCAGAGCCCGCUCCCGGCCAGACGCAUAGGCUCAACAACACCGUCAUGGGAGUGCAGGGUUUUCAAGAGUAUUUAGAGAAGCGGUGUCCCGGUGCCGCAGUCCCGGUGGACCUCCUAAAGCUUGCCCGCACCGCGGCCCGCCAGCCCCCUCACCACCACCAUCCACACCACCACCACCCACAUCACCCCGGGCCCUUGCCUCCCCCGCCCCCGCCUGCCAGGAUCCUAAUCGACGCCGACUCCGGCCUGCAACGCCUCUACGGCGGCUACCAGACGGACUGGGUGUGCGGGGGCGAGUGGAACGCCAUGCUGGGCUACCUGGCCGCCCUGUCGCAGGCCUGCCUGUACCAGGGCGGCCUGGAGCUGGUCGUGGUUUUCAACGGCACCCUGGGGAAGGAGCGCUGGCCCGAGUGGGCGCGGCGAGCUCAGGGCCAGCGACAGACCGCGCAGCUGAUAGUCAACCACGUCGGCAGCAAGGCCACCCCGCCUCCCCGGGCAUGGUUCCUGCCCCCGGCCUGCCUCAGCCACUGCGUCCGCCUGGCCAUGUUUCGCUUCCGAGUGCGGGUCGUACAGACUUUGGAGGACCACCACCAAGAAGUGCUGUCUCUCUACCGGGACUUUGGAUUUGCCGGCCUGAUUGCUCAGGAUUCCGAGUUUGCCCUUUGCAACGUGCCCGCCUACUUCUCAUCGCACGCUCUCAAACUUAGCUGGAACGGCAAGAACCUGACCACACACCAGUACCUGCUGUCUGAGGCCGCCAGGCAGCUCGGGCUGAAGACACAGCACCUGCCCUGCUUCGCUGCUCUGCUGGGAAAUCAUAUUCUGCCUGAUGAGGACCUGGCUGCCUUCCACUGGAGUCUGCUGGGACCAGAACACCCACUAGCCUCUCUCAAGGUGCGAGCUCACCAGUUGGUGCUGCCGCCCUGUGAGGUGGUGAUCAAGGCUGUCUCAGAGUAUGUUUCCUCCAUCAAAGACCUUGGAAACCUUGACGCCAUCGCCAGAGAUGUCUUCAAACAAUCACAGUCUCGUAUGGAGGACAAAGUGGAGCGAUUCAAGAAAGCUGUGGAUUAUUUCUCAGCUGCCUCCAAACCUCGCUCGCCCAACAUGGGACCCUCUUCGUUCAUCUUGCCUGGCUUUGGAUUUGGGGGACCACCUGGCCCCAUGGGACCUAUGCAGCCUGGAAAGAAUCAGUUCCCACCUCCCCAGGUUCUGGGAUUAAAGCCACCUUAUCAGAAUGCUCCAUAUGGACCUGGCUCCACCCCUCUAUUCCAGAACCCUCCGCCGCAAUCACAAGACUGCAAUGAUUCAAUGGCGGGAAAGAUGGGCUUCUCUGAUUGGUCGGCUCCGUAUGAUUCCACUCAGGUGGGAAAUCGAUUACCCAAUCAUCACACCACCACCCAGUCGGUUCCUUCUCCGUCUCCUUCAUCGUCAUCAGAUGGAGAUGAGCCCAACGACAGCAACGCAAACCAUUUGACGGACAAGCCCUCUCGGUGGGAAGAUCCUGCUGGAAGGGUGGGCUUGGCCUCUGGAGACGGUUCCCAAGGCAACGGGAGCGGAUCACACAUUCCGUCACUGCUGUCUAUGGCGACGCGCAGUCACAUGGACAUAACCACACCCCCUCUGCCUCAGGUCAGUGCUGAGGUUCUUCGAGUAGCUGAGCACAGACACCGAAGAGGACUAAUGUAUCCCCAGAUUUACCACAUUUUGACCAAGGGAGAGAUGAAGAUGCCAGUUUGUAUAGAGGACGAGUGUAACUCUGAGCUGCCUCCUGCCUCUAUGCUGUUCCGUGCCGGCAGACAGUAUGCCUAUGGGGUCCUCUUCAGCCUGGCUGAAACACAUCGCCGCCUGGAAAGGCUUGCUCUCCGGAAGAGGGCUCCCCUGGAAGUUCCUCCAGUGAUUGUCAAGGAGUGGAGCAGCGGUAAAGCCAAGUCGGCCCUGACUCCCGAGCUGGUCCCGGCCCUGUGUUUCCGGGAGUGGACAUGCCCCAACCUGCGGCGGCUGUGGUUGGGUCGUGCCAGUGAGGACCGCUCCAGGAGAACCAGGGCUUUCCUGGCCUGCCUACGCUCCGACUGCCCGGCUCUCCUCAACCCAGCGCAGGUCCCACAGCAUCUGCUGCUCAUGUGCUGUGUGCUCAGGUAUAUGAUGCAGUGGCCUGGAGGAAGGAUUCUCCAGAGACAUGAGCUGGAUGCCUUUCUGGCUCAGGCGGUUUCCAGCCAACUCUAUGAACCCGACCAGCUACAGGAGCUCAAAGUGGAGAAGGUGGAUUCCCGUGGCGUGCAGCUGGCUUCUCUUUUUAUGGCCGGCGUAGACACAGCACUCUUCAUCAACGACGUGUGUGGUCAGCCGUUGCCAUGGGAACACUGCUGCCCCUGGGGCUUCUUUGACGGCAAACUGUUUCAGAACAAACUGUCCCGGGCCGCUCGCGACCGGUCCGCCCUGCUUGAUAUGUGCGAGGGUCAGGAAGAGCUGGUGUCUAAGGUGGAGAAGAUGCGUCAGGCAAUCCUCGAGGGCAUCAACCUGUCCCGCCCUCCUCCUCCUCCUCCUCUUCCACCUCCUGCCUUCCUUCCGCCAGCCAUGGUGCCCCCUUUCUACCCCAUGCCUCCCCUGUACCCUCCCCGCCCAAUGGGCAUGCCUCAUCACCAUCAUCCACAUCACCCUUCGCAACACAGACCCAGAGCCUUCCCAGGCCUUCAGUCAAUCCCCCCUCAGGGAGGGAAACUGGAGAUAGCUGGCAUGGUGGUCGGCCAGUGGGCGGGGAACAAACCAGUCCGUGGACGAGGAGGUUUCAACAUGCAGGUGGUGUCUGUCGGAGCAGGGAGAGGGAGGGGCAAAGAGAUUCCAGCUAAAGUAAGACCAGUGAAAAAGGCACCGACCAACAGAUCACAGACGUCGCCACCCCCCCCAUCCAGCAGUCCUCCAAAGCCCUCAGAGGAGGCGGCCUCCAUGCCGGAGGUUGCAUCCCAGCAGCUGAACGGCGGCUCAGAGGCCUCCGACAUCGGCCAGCCCUUGGAUCUGGCCGCCCUGGCCCAGCCAAUCCCGUGUGCCUUAGCCAGCAGAGACAUCCAAUCAGAGGGGGUGGAGGUGGAGGCCCUCUGUUGCCUUGACGACUGUCCGUCAGAUGGAGCGCUACAGAAGGAGGAGUGAUGGGAGCCUCCCCCCGGGAUGCACUGCUCUGAGAGAGUCCUCUGUGUUUGACUGCCUUCCCCUGUUUUUGUAGCCCCGCCUGCGAGCUGUGCACGUUAUCACCUGGAGCAGGAGGCGAGGCUCCUCCUCACGCUCCCUGCUGCUCCAAGUGAUUAAGCAGCUAGCUGUUGCUUCCUUUUUAGUUUUCUCAUGUGGUUUUACAUUGAUUUAUGAAGAGAGGCUUAUCUCCAUGAGUCUGUAAGCGCCCCCGCACCCUCCUCAACCCUUCCCCCGGCCAUCCCCCGCACUCAAAAGUAAAAUAGGCUCCGAGCUCCACCCGCAUUACGACCCAACACUUAAAAGAGCCCCCGCCCCCCUCACCAUCGCAUCGUAACAGUAUCUGUCAAGGUAAAACGUUUUAUUUUGUGUUAUUAAUGGUCCCAUUGUUUGAAUCUCGGCACAUAGAUGUUAAGCUUACAGCUUCGGUGACAGAUGGGGUGUGGUUUCCAUUGUCCGCCUGGUUGCCAUGGUUGGUAGCUGUGUGUUUAUGUGGCCUGUUGCCAUAGCCGUCUCGUGUGAGGUUUGUCUUCAGAUUCAGAGAGAGAUGUUCCAAGUUUGAGUCUGGUUAAUGCGAGUAAGAUUUAAACAAAGUAAUACCAUUAUUCUGUGCAGUGACCCCAAUACCCCCCCUUCUCCCUGUAGUCUAGUAUCACUGCUAAACACAAAAUGUAAGUUCAUUUAGUAGUAAAAUACGCCUUUAUUGAUUAAUUGGUUAUUUAUCACAGGAGCACUUCUGCACCAACAUGCUAUUAGUGUGCUAUCUUAUUUUGACCAAUGUAGCAUAGCCUAGAGCUUAGCUGUAACCCCAUGCAUUUAUGCACCUUAAACCCUAAAUUAUGCAAGAUUAUUUCCCUGCUCCUCUGACAAAAAGUAAAUUAUUAUAUUAUCUCCCCCCCCCCUGUUGUCCCUUUUCCCAAAGCUUUGAUUGUAUUGCCCCAACAGAAGCACUUAAUGUUGUAUUUAAAUAUAAUGAAUUUGAACUAUCCCCUACAUAUAGAUGCAUCGACAGUCUGAGCGGGGUGUCCGCCUACAUGUAGAACUACAUUUAAAGGUAGAGAUCUAUUUGAGAGACGUCAGAAUGUGAACUGAGUGGUUUCAGACAAAGAUGCACUUUGUUUAAAAAAAGUUAAACCACACUGGACAGUCUUCUACCAGGUGAUAAAAAAAUGAAAUACACUCUUGAAGCACCUUCUGGAGUUAAGGCCAAAAAGGAAAAUGAUAAUACUUCCCAGCAAAAGAUGGAUAUGAAUGGGGAGAAUUUUGGGUGCAAGGCAGUGUCCCCCCCUCCCCCAGACUGGUCUCACACGACCUGUCCAGUCAUGACCUUUGCAAUGAAGCUUAAAGGACCCGUGAUUCUCCACACCAAGAAUUCUGGGCAAUCUUUUUGCGUUUCUAAUGUUAUUUCCAAAGUCUAUUUUAAAAAGGCUCGCUGAUUGAGGCAGCCAGCGAUAUAAAAGGGGGUGUGGCGAGUACGCCUGAGAGAUCACCCCCGCCCCACUCACGAGUGGGGAUUUGAGUAACGGUUAUUGUGAUGAUAGCCCAACACCUCUGGCGUGUCACUUUAGACCAGCAGGAAGCACUUCCCUGCCCUGAAAUACUUUACAGGUCGGACCACAUGUCACAUGACGGGAGAGAGAGAGAGAGAGGGAGGCCUCAUGGCGGACCCAAGUGUGCCGCUCACUAUCUGAGACUUCUAAGGUAAUUAAUGUUUUAUUAUAGCACUUAUGUUUGUAGAGAAGGAGAUGUGUCCCUCAACAGUAGGUUUCAUCUGACUACGGAAAUACAACUUUCCAAUAGCCGGCAGCACAACCGCAGACGUAGAAGCAGUAGACCGACAGAUACUGCCUUUGAGAGUCUCUGCAUACCUACUACGGGAGUUUGAAAUAAGCUCACCAUGUUAAAAGGAAACCAAGGCAAGUCAACAAAGAAGCACCUUAUUUUCUUACUGUGUCGAUGACUUGUGCUCUAUCCAGUGCCACAAAAUUGACAUGGAAAAAAGAAAAGCUCUAACGAAAUGCCGCUUUGAACGAAAGAGGCGUGACUAUAUACAUAUGUGAGAAUUGGUGUAGUUGCGUCAAGACAUCCCCUCAAUUCUGAACUCAAACCAUGAUAGUCGACCCCGCCCUGAGCGUAGGCCUACGCUCGCCAUCAGAGGGCCGAGCCGCGCCGCGGUCUCUUACAACCAACACCAAGCGAAACCAGAGGUCUGUACUGACUUAUCGGUAGGGAUUAAGCAUACCAGUGCUGUAGGUGUUUGUAGGCUAAGAGUAGGCAACAGCGUCAGGCCGAACAGGACUAAUACAGACACAAAGACUAGGCUAGAGAAUAUAGCUCCACUGGCCAAAAUACUAAGUCUAGAAUUUACUAGGAGUCAUAUACUUAACUACUUUCAACUUUUGACAUUAGUACAAAUAUGUGUAUCGCAACAGUACAUUGUUAGAAGAUGUCUUCUCCGUGGCGAGCCAGAGUGUGAUCUGGUAUACGAUGCCCUCUCUCAAUUCGCUCGCCAGAUAACUUUUACAGAUACACACAUACAAGACACACACACACACACACACAACAGACAGGUAUUCAGUUGCAUUUGUUACCACCAGCAUUCUCUCUGCUUUUGUGCUGAAGUGAUUUUGUGCAGUUCAAGUUCCCAGUGGAGUGCUCGUCAGUUCACCAGAGAUCAUUUUUGGUAACACAUUCUACUGAUUUCCCCCCAUACCUCUAAAAUCACCCCACAUAUUGAAGUUUGCAUGGAUUUAAAAUACAGGUUAAAAGGUGCAAGGUAGGCACAGAAACACACUGCGCACACACAAGACAUUAACACAUGGCACACACAGAUACAUAGAUGUUUAACCCUGAGUUACACCGUAGUUAGUAUGGAAAAAAAAAAUCAACACAACACACGAUGUAGUGUCCCUCUCUCGUCCUUGUCUGUUUUAGUUAUGAUAGAUAUUUGAUCAGUGAUUUUUAUGCUUGUUAUCCUAUCCCCCGCUAUGACACUUUUUUUCCACCAUCCCUCCUCCAAAUGUCCAUUCAUGCCUUUUGAGCCGCAUAAUCUUACUUAUAGCAUACAUGCAUUCACACACACACACACACUCACCACGCCCGGUGAUUCCUAUUUAAACAGUCCCAAUACACGUUCACAGGUUAACCCUCCCGUCACUUCCUGUAUUUUAGUUCUUCACUCUCCCUCUCUGCCUCUCCUUUUAGCCCUUAUAGGACUGUUUCUAUUGGCCGUUUUUUUCUCUUUCUCUUUCUCUUUGGGCUGCCCCGCCCCUUUAAUCAACCCAACUAACAGUAAAGAUUAUAUUAACGUUGAUAAUCAGUUUCUGUAUGUAUCUAGCCAGAGUCUGGGAAAAAAAAUCAGAAAAAAAAAUCAAAACGGUUUUAUUCAAUUGUGCAAAUGUGUUUUUUCUUAAUAUUUUUAAUGUUAUUACAUCUUCUAAUCUAAUCCUUCUACCAUUGCUUCAGUUAGUACUGAAAUACGCUUAGCCAACCUAGAGAUUUGAACUGUAAUGAUCGCGAUUUUCCUUACCUGUAUUUUAUAUGGCAUCUUUAAACCACCAUUUUUUAUGUACGUAGGUAAAUAUUGCCCGUUUUUCAAAGUGAAAAUUGGUUGUCUGCACUAUGUUACGGUUUUCAUGUCCCUGAAGACAAUUUCACAGUCGACUAUCAAUCGAAGCUGAACUCGGCGCCCUUGCACACAGCAGCAAAAACAUCUCUUGUAAACACCAGAGAACCAAAGUACACCUAGCGUCUGCCCCCAAUAAAGCCCCCAGGAGUCAUAUAUAUAUAUAUAUAUAUUAUAUAUAAUGGCAUUGCAUCAUGUGUGAUUUCUGACAAAGUCAAAGUGAGGUUUCUUGUGUUUUUAAGUGGGGAGACAGACGAACAGGGAAAGAAGGGAGUCUGUGUUGACCGAGUGAGCAAGUCGGCAGAUAUGGACGUGUGACCCAACUGUUGCGUUGCAAUUAAAUUCCCCAGACUGAAUUCAGUCUGCGUGAACUACUGCACACCGCUCGGAUCCGCUCAGAUCGACACUUCACGCACGUGAAGGGGCUUUAGCCGCACAGUAAUUGUUGUGGUCUCUGAAACUGGCCUUUUAUGUCCCGGACUCAGAUUGAUGGAGUAACUCAGUUGCUUCUUCAUACGUAGGCAUGGAGGCUGCUUGAAGUGGAUGAAUAAUCCUUAAAGCACAAAUCUGAGAUAAGUUGACGUCCUGUUAGAUGUCAGAUGUCAUAGUGCAAGCAAGAAAUAAUUCACUUGGACAAUUAUUCGAUCAUUGUAGAAGUACAGUACUGCCAAACAAAGGCUUGUUCCAACAAUUCUUGAAGAUCUGAGACAAUUUGUCAAGUAACCAAUUAGUGGAGAGAAAGUAAACAAACCACAAAAUCCCAAAACAUGACUUCUGUAAAUUUUGAUUAGUCAACAGAUAAUCUUCUCUCUUUGAGUUGUCUGCUGUUAUGACUCAUAAAAAUGCAUUUCCAGUUUCUUGUCUUGUUUGAAUCUCAGAUGAAGUGUCUUGAGGAAUAGUUCAACUUGUCUGUGACUAAUGAAAUGAUAAGUUACAAUAAAAGCCUCCUGCCUCACUUCCUACGCAAAUGGGACCGCCUCUCAGGAGCUCGACAAUGCUAAAGAGAUCCAAAAGUCCCAGAAUAGAAGUGUCCUUUGUUGGGAUGUGGAAGUCAAACAGUAUUAUUGUCUGUCAUACAGAAUGCGGAAAGGAGUCAUCAGUUUAGUGUUGUACCUGUUCUGAUAGAUUUGCAGGAUUUUCACAGCAUUUAGUCCUAUUUGAAAAAAGUCCCUGUUCUGUCUGUCUUUCUCUACACUGCCACCCUCCCCCUCAACAGCCCCAACAAACUCCAGUAUAGUACCCCUUUCCUCCUUCCCAACCCGCCAAUGGCCGAGCCCCAGUGAGGGGCUCCAGUUAAUUGCUGUCUUGUUAUGUUGGUCAACCCUACGCUCAGCCACAAGUAUACUGAUUCACAAACUUCAAUACCCAGGGCCAUCCAAAACUACCUGUGCAGAAAAAAGGGUUCAAAUUGAUCCAUAAUACUAUUGUUAUAGAAAUAUUAUCAUUAUUGCUUUUAUAAUUAUAGUUGGUAUAAUUCGUCAUCAUUGUUAGCAUUAUGGAAGCACCGGACUGUUUGUGGAAAGACAAGAGGAAAAAAAGCCUUUUUGUUUUUGUUUUUAAUUUGUCUGGCUGUUGGUGGUCUGAUCUCACAGAGGGAGGGGAGGAAUGGUUCAGAAAGAGACAAAGAUGGCAGUCAUGUUUGUACUGGUUGGGAAAUGACUUACAGUGCUGAAAUAAAAUUUAUUCUUUUAGUAAAAAAAGUA